AAACAUGACCGCAGGAGAGAGCGAGGUUCAUUCUUGGUCAGACACGUGGCCAAGCUGACAGACGGACAAUCGGACAGACAGCGGGACAGCCGAGGAUGAUCUUGUUCCUAAUGCUGCUGGCCCUCACGUUGGCCCAGCUAGUGGCUCCAGAGCACUGGUGCUAUGAAUCCCAAGCUAAGAAAAUAUCAUGUACAGAACCAAGCAAGUGGCCUGGGAAUUGCCAGGACAAACAGCAGUCUCCAAUUAACAUCGACACUAAAUUAGUCCUUCGAAACGACUCCUUGAAGCCUUUCCAGUUCGUCAACUAUGACAAGAAGGAGGCACGGGUUAUUGAAAACAACGGGCAUUCAGUGCAAGUGGCGCUUAGUGGCUCAAUCAAGAUCUCUCAAGGUGGCCUGCCGGGGACUUAUAAGGCAGUCGCAUUCCAUCUGCACUGGUCGGACUCUGUGAACCGGGGCUCUGAACACACCAUCAAUGGGAAAUCCUAUGCCAUGGAGAUGCACAUUGUCCACAUCAAGGACAAAUAUUCUAGUGUGUCAGAAGCACUCAAUGGGAAUGAAAAUAAUGAAAUCGCUGUGCUGGGAUUCCUAAUCAAGGCUUCAUCUGAAAAACAUCAAGGCUUCUCCAAUCUGGUGGAGAACCUGAAGAAAGUCCCAUACAAAUCCAAAGAUACCUCCCUCAAAGAGUUCAGCCUUUUUGACCUCCUCCCCAAAGUCGAUAAGUUGAAACAUUACUACCGAUACCAGGGCUCCCUCACUACUCCUGAUUGCCAAGAGAAGGUCAUCUGGACUGUGUUUCAGGAACCUAUCCAACUCCGUGAAGACCAGAUCUUGGAAUUCUCCAGGCAGCUGUUCUAUAAUAAGGAGGAUGAGGAAAAAAUGCCCAUCAUAGACAACUUCCGGGAAACACAGGCGCUGGGGAAUCGCCGGGUCUAUACCUCCGGGGUGGGGAUGGCAUUGCCCCACGCCUGGCCCACGCUCCUGGCCCCUCUGCUCACCUACUUCCUGGCUAUGUCCCUCCACUGAGAGACCUCGGAUCCAUGGACAUCUGACCUUCUGGACUCUGGAUUUUCACAAAGAUACUGUAUAGAUGUGUGUGUGUGUGUGUGUGUGUGUGUGUGUGUGUGUACAUAUAUAUAUAUAUUUUUAGAUAAACUUUUCCUUAGCACCUCACUGCUGCCCUUAAGUAGCUCUAUUCUUUGUUAUAAGUGGGACAUGUCUUAUCUUAAUAACACUCCCCAUUGCCCAACUCAAACUGGUCCCAGCCUUGCCUUGUUGGAGGGGAUAAUGCUCAGAAUUUCCUCCAACCUCGGUCGCUGAGCCUAUUUGGAUUUCCCCUCCUUCUGCUCACAUUGUGAAAGACCAAAGUUAGUCUUUGAACUUCCUCCUACCUGCCCUUUCAGCCUUUCGCUGGCCUGUCUCCACCCUGGGUUGUCUGGUCCAACUUGCCCAGUUCUAAGCUGGAUGGCAAUCUAACUGAAGUGUUAACUGAUAAGACUCUAAGAUACCUGCCCUUUCACAAGGAAAUCUCUACUUUAUCAAGGUCUUUGUGACACCAUUUAAAAAAAAGAAGAAGAAGAAGAAGACCUAAAGAAAUUAGAAAAUUCCACUAGCAAGGGAAUCUCUGUGAUCUAAUUCAAUGAAACAUUUAGCUAAUCUCAAUCAAUCAAAUAAUAAACAUUUACUCAGUCCCUUAACUACUCUGUACCAGCCUGCACUGUCCUAGGUGCUGGCGAUAAAAAAAAAAAAAAUCUGAUUGUGGGAUAUAUUGCCCAUUUAUUAUUAGGUCACUUCCAAAUACAAAAGAUGUCAUGGGGACAAAGCCAUUCCCGUAAAGGUGUCCCCCUUUCAAGGACCCUGGGAUGCUAGAGUUGGAACAGACCCUAGAAAUUGUAGUCCAACUAGGGGAGGAAACUGAAAUCCAUAGAGAAAAGGGACUAAACCAAGACCACAUGGCUGGUUAUUGGCAGAAUAUGGGUUACAACUUCGGUCUUCUAGCAGCAGAGCAAUUCUUUCCUCCUGUACCAAGAGAAGAGGGGCCAGGGAGGGAAAAGAAAGGGAAAGCAGAGAAGAGGACCAAUAGCUUAGGAACAAUAGCUUACAUAACAGCUAACACAUGGAUCUAAAUUUUGCAAAAUCCUUCCAUUGAGAAUCACAACAAACCUGUAUGGGGGCUGUUGCUAGUAUCAAACCCAUUUUAUAAAUGAGAGAAUUGAAGCUUAAGGUUAAGUGACUAGUCCAGGGUCACACAGCUAGUGGUGUCUAAGGCUGAUUUUGAACUCACCCUAAGCUGUAUACUGAUGGAAUUUGGGAGAGUACAGAAGCAUUGAACUCAAAAAAUAUAUUAGGGUUUCAAGAAUUUCCAAAUGUUGGGGUUCCAAAAGCAUAUUGGAGUUAUGGGUUGAUGUCGUGAGGUGUCUUGAAAGAAUUUGUAGGCUUACAUCUUCUCCAAAUCAAGAGGCAAAGAUUUUAUUACACUGCUAACAACAGGCUAAAUCCAUAUGGGUUUCUAAGCAAAGAAAAGGGGAUACACAUAGGUUUUUAUAAGGGAAAAAUAGCAUCAUAUUUUUAAAUAUCUUUUUAUUUACAAGUUAUAUGUGUGGGUAAUUUUACAGCAUUGACAAUUUCCAAACCUUUUGUUCCAAGUUUUCCCCCUCUUUCCCCCCACCCCCUCCCCUAGAUGGCAGGAUGACCAGUAGAUGUUAAAUAUAUUAAAGUAUAAAUUAGAUACACAAUAAGUAUACAUGACCAAACCGUUAUUUUAGCAUCAUAUUUUGAAUUUCAGAUUCAAUAUAAUAACUGUGGAGAUUUGAUGAUUUAUCAAUGCGAAGAAAUCAGCUAAGAAUUCAACAGGAGGUUGAAACCUGGUGUUUGCACUAGAGUAAAAGUCCUCAAAAAUAACAAAGGUUCAAUUAAGAUCAAAAAGACAAGAUAAUCUGUGAUCCUCACUGCUUGCCUCGGGGAAUAGUUUAGGAUGUAAAAUUCUGGCUUUCUGUUGAGAAUGUCAUUCCCAGCUACUCCGGAGUUUUCUCCUCUACCCUUAUCAUAUACUAUCACUUAGCUUUCUCUCAACAACAGAAUCAGAAUCUUUAUAGAUAAUAGAGAAUCAUUCUCCCCAGACCUCCAAAGUGAGAUGUCACAGAUCAUUUUUCCUCUUUUUCCAGAUUAGAAGGUAUUUCAUUCUUUCCUUCUCUGUAAGUGGGAACACACAGAAAGUGCCUUUUGCAAACUCGCCUGGGUCUCCUCAGACCACAGGCACCCUUCUCCUCUUCAGUUUUUCACUUCUUGUUACCCCCAUACCUGGACCACCCCUGAGGGAGCCCUGAGGGAUCGUGAGAGAAGAGGGCUUUGUACGGAGCCCUGGCCAUGUGAGGUCAAUGCCCCCAGGCCUAGAUUUCCAGUUGAAAAGAAAGUACUUAUCUUGGAGUUUCAAGCCAUUCCUUAAAAAUAUCAGAGACCACUUACGCUAAUGGAAGUUGUCCGGGCUAAUCUUAAUGAAACCACUUAACUGCCCAGAACUGUGGGUCUCUGUUGGAGGAGAGUUUCUAAAGUCAAGGGGACACAAUUUGCAUCAGAAUCAUUUAGGAAACACUUGUAAGAAUUGUGGACUUUUAGUCUUGAGAAGAAAAAACCUGGGGGAAAGAAAGAGAAAUGUCUUCAAAAAUCUGAAAGUUUUCACCCACUUAAGAGGAAUUGAUCUGGGUGAAGUGAUAGUGAAAGGAGACCAAGAUAGUGAGUCAGGUUUUGGUGUUAACAUAAAUAAAUUUCUAGCAAUUUUGGUAAUAGUAACAGUAGCUAACAUUUCUAUGAUAUAUAUACAUAUAUUUCUACUGAUAUAUAACAGUAUAAGUACAGGCAACAGACUAAGUACCUCCUUUGAAUUUCAUAACAAACUUGAGAGGUAGAUGCUAUUAUUAUCCCCAUUUUACAAAUGAGAAAACUGAGGUGCACAGGGGGAUAAGGGACUUGCCCAGUAUCGGGUAGGGGAGGUCAUGUUUGAAUUCUAGUUUCCCUGACUCCAGUCCUGGCACUCCAACUGCUGUGCUGGAUUUAAAGUUAUGGGAGUUGGACUGAAGCCCAAUUCUGCCUUUUAUUAGCUUGGACAAAUCACUUAGCUAAUAAGCAUUUAUUAAUAAUUUAGUAUUCGCCAGGUACUGUGCUAAGUGAUGAGCAAACACAGCCCCUGCCCUCGGGGUGCUCACAUUCUAACGGGGGACAUGAUGUGCAAACAACUGUGUCUAUAUAAAAUAUACAAAGGAGAUGCUCAGGCUUCGCAUCUGUAAAAUAAGAAAGAACCAUUGGAGCUAAAGCUCUAAAUAUGUGACUCCAUUAACAAACUUUUUCUUUUUAAAACAUUUUGUUUUUAUUCCAAAACUGACACGAAAAAAAACCCCACAAACAUUUGCAUAUACAUGGUACAGAAUCAGGGUUGUACAUAAAACUGCAAGUCUCUAUUUCAUAGAGUUUGCUUUAAAAAAAAAAAAAAAGCCCAACAACAUAGAAUACAAUAAAUCUGUAUAGCUUUCAAAGCUGUCCUGCUUAUCUGGCCUCCUUUCUAUCCAUUCCUUCCUUCUUUUUCUCUGUAUUUUUUGAAAAAAGUGCCUCAAUGACCUUUUUUUUUUCAUUUAUUUUUCUUUCUGUUCUUCUCUUUUCUUUUUGCUACUUUAUCCCAGUCCUCGUCCCCCAUCCCCUAAUCCCUUUUCACUCCCAAAUUGAAAAAAAAAAGAAAGAAAAACAAAGAGAUUUCCUUUCCAAAAGGUCCUAAACUCCGAGUUUAUGGUGACUUUAAAGCGGAUUUCAGGAUGACCUUUCAGGAAUGUGGCGAGGAUUUCUGCAUUUGGUGAAACCAUCCAGAUUAUCUGCACUUGAGUUAGGGCAGCCUUGCAAAUGUUUAUGAGAUCUUGAAGGGCUUCCUUCCACCUCUUGAGAACGAGAACAAUUUGAGCUAGGUGAUCUUUAGGGACCCUUUUAGCUGGAGGCUGUUUAAUCUCUUCCCAAGUGCUUGGGUUUCUCCAGUUCAGUCAGAGGGGAGCCCCAGCAGGAACUCACAAGCAAUAAAUAGUUUCUUUUCUUGCUGACCUUAACCACCAUCUACACUUGGCGUGACUACCAAUAAAUAGCCAUGGGAACAGCUCACUACCUCCACACCCUCCCGCCUUGCUCACACACGAUCCGAGUCACCGCUGACCACAUGUCCCGAGCUCCCGGGGCCAGCCUGGUUUCCAUAACGGCAGCAACAGCCGGGGAGGGCCUGGGGGCUCGGACGCUGGUCUCCUCCUCCCUUGGGCUUUGGCUGGGAUUGCCUGUGAGUGAUGGGGGAAUGGUUGGGGUUGGUGGGGGGCAGGGGAGGUGAAGUGGAGAUCCACAGAUCCUCAAGCCUGGACACCUGGAAAGUGCUGGAGCUCUUUCCUUUUGGGGAUGAAUGCAUCCUCUUCCCCGAGUUUCCCCCUGGAAGGCAUUAGCUUCAGGUUUGGAUGUGGGCUCUAAGACGCACAUAAAUGUUGCCUCUGUCACUUAGCCCCUCCCUAACCCGCAUCCUCAUUUCUCUUCUGUAUAAAAUAAAAGAGUUGGAUUAGAUGA